CUUUGUUACCAAGACAAUUAAUUUCGAUAUUUUUUUGUUUAUCUAACGUUUAUUUAAUGGCCUCAUUAUAAAAUAACAAAAUUUUGCUUCUAAUAUAAUAGCGUUAAUUCAAAGUUUUAAUGUUUACAUAAUUUUUUGGGGUGUGUAUGCCUCUGUCAGUAAUAUUGAUUUGUUUUAUUUUGCGAAUGAUUGUUAAACAAAGAUGUAGGUAAUAUCUUCUUUAUUAUAAAUAAAAACCUGGAAAUGAAUAAGAAGGGCGUUUUGUGAUAAUGUAUUCAUAAUGAAAACUAAAAGCUUUCUACUAUUUUCCACGUCAGUUUUUGCAAUAAGUUUAUUUUUGAUAAUUUUCCACUCCCAGCCACCGCAGUCUUUUCAAAGCAUUGUCACACAAACCCACCAGCACAUCAAAGAUUUUCAGCAGGUUUCUCUGACCCAGGAGCAAUUGCGGGAUGAAGAAGAGAAGCAUCUGGUGCAGGAGAAGCGAUACCUCCGCCUCGUGGGGCUGGAGGGGCACACAGAUCUGUGGCACAACACUACAGUGCCAGUCAUUGUCACCCAUGCACGAAACGAUGACCAUGCCAAUGUGGUCUCCUUUGUGCGGGAUGCGGCUCAACUCCCAUACACAGUUCUCGUAUAUAACCUAGGACUAAAGCCAUAUUCCCUGGCUGUGGUGUCGAACUAUUGCAACUCAUCAAAGUGCGCCAUAAUCGAUUUCGACCUGCAGCUGUUUCCCUCACACGUCAGCGAUGAGAGUAUCACAGCAUAUCGCCCACUUAUUAUACAGCACGCGGUGAGUCGCACGGGCGGCGUGAUCUACUGCGAGGUGUCCCAGCGCUGGGCGGGCACCGCGGGCGCGCUGGCGGCGCUGUGGGCGCGCGUGUCGGGCGAGGGCGCGCUGGGCGUGCUGGCGUGGCCGCGCCGGGCCGCCGUGACGUCGCUGACGCACCCGCGCAUGUUCCACUACCUGCGCGCCAGCGCCGACGACUUCCUCUUCGUGCAGAUGCUCGACGUGAGCCACCUGCUCGUGGCGCCGCGGCCCGCGCUGGCCGACGUCAUGCGCCAGUGGAUCCAGUGCGCGCUCACGCUCGACUGCAUCAUGCCUAUAGGCGCGCAGUCGGGCGGCUGCCGGUUCGACAAGAAGCCGCAAUACCGGUACUCGGGCUGCCACGGGCAGGACGCGUCGGCGCUCAGCAUCGUGCUGGGCGCGCGCGCCGCCUUCGACGAGUCGCGCUACGCGGCCGCCGCCGAGCGCUGCUGGCGCCGCGCGCCGCGCAACCGCACGGCCGCCUGACGGGCGCGCUACAGCCGCGCGGUCGAACUUUUGUUUUGAUGAAUUCUCUUACUCGCGUGUAACGUUACAAAUUUGUAUAAAUUGUACCUUUUCUUAUUAAUCUAUAUAGACACAUGUGACGCAUCCGCUGCGUGUGACGAAUGUUAUUAAUCUAACUCUAUGGCUUUACGGGCAUUUCAGUGAUCGAGGACAGUGAUUUUAUUUGUUUUAUUUUGACGUAAAUGUAUUUGUAUAUACGAAAACGCUGAGGAUACUAACGUUUCCUUUGGUUUGACCAUUAAACGGCCGUGGGUUGUGAUUUAAAUAUUGCUUUUGUUUCUAAUUUUAGUGAUUUAUUAUAUGUGUUUAUAAGUUUGUGCGGAGCGGUGACGAGCGAGUGCGAACGCGGCGACUCGGUUAGCGAUCUGUGUAAUAUGUUAACCGGUCUUCCGUGAAUUGUAAAUAUAUAAUAGUGCUUCUAAUUAUUUAUUUGUACAAUAAAACAAGAGCUCCCUAUAUAUUAAUAAAAUAUUAGUACGUGUCAUAAAUUUUACAAGCUUAUGUAUUGGGUUCAAUUUAUAAUAUUAAGUACUAAAAUAUGUAAAAUUUACAUUAAAUUUAGGUACUUAAUAUUGAUUAUAACGUAAGCUCCGCGAGUUGAAAACGAUAAGGGAUAGAACACACGAGUGCGACCGAGCGAGGCGACGGCCAAACAAAGCCCACAGACCAGUGUUGCAAAAGUGUAAAAUUAAAAGUCGGUAAAUUUGCCAGCUAAAAAUCGGGAGAAAUCGAGAGAUUUUUAUUCGGAAUAAAUCAAAAGUAUUUUAUGUUAAUAAUACGUUCAUUUUUUUUUUUUUUUUUCUUUCAGCCUUUUGCCGUCCACUGCUGGACGAAAGCCUCCCCCAUAGAACGCCAACCAUCCCGAUCUUGGGCAGUCCGCAUCCAUCCCGAACCUGCCACCUUUUUUAAAUCGUCGGCCCAUCUUGUCACAGGGCGUCCUACACUACGUUUGCCUAAGCGUGGUCUCCACUCCAACACGUGUCGGCUCCAUUGGCCAUCAAUGCGCCUGGAGACAUGACCAGCCCACUUCCACUUCAGCGAGCUAAUUCUAAACGCGAUGUCGGUGACUUUAGUUCUCUGGCGAAUGUCCUCAUUUCGGAUUCUAUCUGCCAGAGAAACCCCAAGCAUCGCGCGUUCCAUUGCUCGCUGAGCGACCCUAAAUUGGUGGACCAGUCCUACGGUAAGUGUCCACGUUUCGGCACCGUAAGUCAUUACAGGUAGGACGCACUGAUUGAAGACCCUGGUCUUAAGCGACUGUGUGAUCGACGAUUCAAAAAUAUGACGUAACCUCCCGAAUGCCGCCCAGCCCAAACGUAUUCUUCUUUUAGCCUCCUUCUCAAAGUUGUGCCGGCCAAGUUGUAUAGUUUGGCCCAGGUAGAUAUAUUCCUGCACAACUUCAAGUGGAGAGCCAUUUACGACCACUGGUCUCGGGGAUACAUGACGGUUUGCCAUAAUUUUGGUCUUUUCAAUGUUCAUCCCGAGACCUACUUGUCUUGAAGAAUCGCUCAGGCUGUUUAGCAUCUCUUCCAAAUUCUGCAGAGUCUCCGCCAUGAUGACAAUGUCGUCGGCAAAUCGCAGAUGUGUAAUGUGUUGGCCAUUUAUAUUAAUGCCGCGUCCGUUCCAAUCGAGCGUCUUGAAGACGUCCUCCAAUGCAUUGGUAAAGAGUUUCGGUGAUAUUACAUCUCCAUGUCUUACCCCGCGAUGCAAUUGGAUUGGUCUUGUGCUCUGAUCUUGUACUUGGACGGUCAUGGUUGCGGCUUCGUACAAACACUUUACCACCUGGAUAUACCGACAGUCAAUUAGGCAUCUCUGCAUGGAUUCCAGAACAGCUCAGGUCUCGAUGGUAUCGAAGGCUUUUUCGUAGUCCACAAACGCUAGGCAUAGAGGCUGAUUAUAUUCCUCGGUCUUCUGUAUUAUUUGCCUUAGUGUGUGUAUGUGGUCUACGGUACUGAAGCCUUUUCGAAACCCAGCCUGCUCCACGGGUUGGAAGUCAUCGAAUUUUCGGGCAAGACGAUUCGUGAUUACCCUCGAAAACAAUUUGUAAACAUGGCUUAAAAGUGAAAUGGGGCGGUAGCUUUUCAGAAGAGCUUUAUCGCCCUUCUUGAAAAACAGCACCACCACACUUCUGCUCCAUGUCUUCGGUGUUAUACCAUUGUGGAGGACGGAAUUAAAGAUGUUAGCCAGCUCUCUCAGAACUGGUGUGCCUCCUGCUUUGAGAAGCUCUGAGGUAAUUCCGUCAUCUCCUGGAGCCUUUUUGUUUCCAAGUUGCCCGAGAGCAAUCCUAAUCUCGCCCAAAUCGAUGUCGGGAAGAUCGUCUGAUAGAUGGCGUGUUAGUCUGGCUCGUGGGUCAUCCGCACUGUGGAACUCAGGUGGAGGUACUCGUGAUGAGUAUAAAUCGCCAUAGUACUUUUCGACUUCAGCUAGAAUCUCUGGUUUUGAGGUGACGGUUGUGCCUUGUAUGGUUCUGAGUUUUGUCAGGUGACAACAGGAGGUAUGUGACUUUGCAAAAACCUUUGAGCCCCUAUUGACUUUUUUAACCUUCCUGUUAAGUGCCUGACACUCAGAUGGCGUCAUGUUCUGCUGUUCUCGUCUCCUCGUCAUCUCGUUCAGAGUUUCGCCUGAGAGCUUCGACUUACGUCCAUUGCUCUUUUGUCGAAAGUAAUUCUGGCCUACCUCGCGGAUGACACGCACCAGACCAUUGGUGGCGUCGUCAAUGCCCUGCCUGGUUUCCAACAUGGCAAAUCGGUUCUGUAGUUCCAGCUGGAAGCUUUCGCAACCAGCUUCGACCUGAGGCUGAGUUGGUCUAAGAGUCGACUUCAUUAACCGCGAUCGUUCUAUUUUAGUGUUAAUAUUCAGGGUGCCUCUUACCAGGCGGUGAUCACUUCCAGUGUUUACCCUGUUGAUCACGGAGACAUCCCUAAAUAUUUGGCGCUUAUUGGAUAAAAUGAAGUCGAUCUCAUUCAUCGCUAUGUUAUCGGGGCUUCGCCAGGUCCACUUCCUUUGGGGCUUUUUCUGGAAAAAUGAAUUCAUCAGAAAUAA